AUGGCACAAUCUACCGGCUAUCAUCAGCUUGCGGAUUUGAUGGGUCCGUACGCGGAAGCAGCCAUCUUCCGGAGAUUUGGGCCACUGGCGAUGCUAAGCCUGCUCAGCCUUCAAGCAGAACUCGUCGAGCUGGAUGCAGAAUUUCGAAAGAUCUGUCAGGAAGAUGACCAGUCCGUCAACGAGGCGGACAAGAAUUUCUCCAAAUACUUUCGAGCUCUGCGCAGGUCGGAGGAAGGUGGAACUGCCCACCAGUACGAGAAGCUGAUGGAGAUUAGGAGCAAGCUCAAUGAAUACUGUGCUCACGCUCUAUUCACGAAUUCGAGCCACGCCGGACUGACUAACAUCAACAGACUCUGCUCUGCUUCAAGCAGCGCAAAUAUCAAAGCUUGGGCAUCCAACUCGGUCGGAACUAGACUUCUUGAGAAAGUGGACGCAGAUAUCUUCGGGAAAAGACGUCUAGACCGCGAUCUGGUCAGCCUCUACGCUCGGCCAAGUGAACAAGAUCUAGCCUCUGAGUCUGUCACCACUCACUUGCUCACGUGGUUCCACAAGUUGUGGGGUUCGAAGAGCUCGGCCAGGAAGCAGAGCAAGGGGAUUGACCCACUCAGCGGAGCUAUGGACUACAACAAAGAGACCCUGUUGCGCCUGAACACUAUUCUCAUCAGCGUGAUCUCGGCGGCAAUGCCAGUUCUGUCGAUAAUUGCGCUCUACUACAUCAAAAGCACCAUUGAGAGGAUUGGUGCUUUGGUAGUCAUUUACCACGGUAUUCGCCCUGGCACUUGCGAUUUUCACCAAUGCACGGCGACUGGAGAUCUUCGCAACAACUUCAACUUUUGCUGCCGUUGA